AUGGCUCAGAGAGAAGAACACGUGGGUUGCACAGGCAGGCGCAAAGGGGCGCUGACAGAAAGCGUUGGUGUAGACUGCAACAGGUGCAAGCAACGACGUGCAAUGGCAAUGGCAAGAAGAGAGAUGACUACGGUGAGGCGCAAGCAUGUUUCAAGGUUUCCACCGAUACUGUCGAAAUUUCCCAUGUUUCCAAGUGGUUUGCGUGGUGAUUCAGUAGUUCUGAUGGGGAAGAACACCAUGAUGAAGCGAUCGGUCAGGCUUCAUGCUGAGAGGACUGGGAACAAGGCCUAUCUGAAUCUUAUUCCCCUCCUUGUGGGAAAUGUUGGGUUGAUUUUCACCAAGGGUGACUUGAAGGAAGUAAGGGAAGAGGUUGCCAAAUACAAGGUUGGAGCUCCUGCCCGUGUUGGACUUGUUGCACCUAUUGAUGUCGUUGUGCCUCCUGGCAACACAGGACUGGACCCUUCCCAGACUUCCUUCUUUCAGGUGCUUAAUAUUCCAACCAAGAUUAACAAGGGUACUGUUGAAAUCAUCACCCCUGUUGAGCUUAUCAGGAAGGGUGACAAGGUGGGGUCUUCUGAGGCUGCUCUGCUUGCAAAACUUGGAAUCAGGCCUUUUUCUUAUGGUCUUGUUGUACUGUCUGUGUAUGACAAUGGCUCAGUCUUCAGCCCAGAGGUCCUUGAUCUCACAGAGGAUGACUUGAUGGAUAAAUUUGCACUUGGUGUAUCCAUGAUCACCUCUCUGUCGUUGGCAAUCUCAUACCCCACUCUGGCUGCUGCUCCCCAUAUGUUCAUCAAUGGGUACAAGAAUGUUUUGGCUGUUGCACUUGCAACUGACUACUCCUUCCCACAAGCUGAGAAAGUGAAGGAUUACUUGAGGGAUCCAAGCAAGUUUGCAGUUUCUGUGGCUCCAGUUGCUGCUGCAGAUUCCGGUUCUGCUGCAGCUGCCACUGAAUCCAAGGUGGAAGAGAAGGAAGAACCAGCUGAGGAGUCUGACGAUGAUAUGGGUUUCAGUUUGUUUGAUUAAGUAGUUUUGUAGGGGAUCAGUUUAUACCAGAGAUCUGUAGCUUUUUUCCAACGCAAUACAUUUUUGAUUGCCUGAAGUUUUGAGUUUUAUUUUGGUGUAAUUUCGUUUUGAUGUUUUAGCUAUGACUAAUACCCUUGAUUAGAAUUGUGUCCAAAUCCUUUUUUUGAAUGUUAACUACAUUUAAGGUCGUGCAUGGAAUGUUUUUAUUAGUCAUUUUUUUAAUCUAUUGGACCUUCCUGGACUGUUGGUAAAAUAAAAACAAACUUCAUUGCUUCA